GCCAAAAUAAGGAAUCCACAAACAAAUUUGGGGGAAUUAACAGUUGAGUGAUGCGCUGGGCCCCGUGCAGGCGUGCAAACCUGACGAUGGGCUGAGGUUUACAAAGAGCAGGGGGAUAACAAUGGAGAAGUGUUUGUGAGGAGUGUGGGGAAAGUUUUGGGCCAAAAAAACUUUUCCUUCUGCACGGAUGCGGUUUCGGGAAUCGACAACAUGUAAGUUUUAUUAAGAAGCCAGCGCUCACCUACUUUCUCAGCUUAACACCCACCUAACAACAGAGCAGUUUGAAGCUUUGCCAAGAAUUAAGUUUUUUUUAAAGACUGGAUUGCUUGUUGGGGGUUCUCGCCGUUUUGGCUGCGGUGUGGAAAUGGAUCACAACUCAAAAGGCUGACUGGAUGUUUAACAUCCGUGGAGAUAAAAUGUGUGCGUGAACUGUAACAAAGAAAGACAUGAACAAUGGCAGAAAGAGAGAGGAAGAAUGCGGCUGUGUAUCACAGCGUCUCUUUCAAAAAGUUGGGGUCCUGGCGUGAAGACCAGCAACACAAAUCAGAGGAAUUGGAGGCGGUUGGCGUCGCCCUUCCCCCGGAGCCCAGCAAAGCAGAACAGCCCUUGGCGACGCGUAAUGUCAGUGUGUCAAGAAAAGUUUCCAAAAUCUCUGCCACCACCGCCGGCCUCCCAACCGCAGACCCAAAGAGAGGCUCCUCCGCUCUCCUCUCCUCCAUUUCUCCAUCCAUCCGCCAGCUUACUGAGAAGUUCAGCAGCAGUGGCUCCGCCAGGACGCACGGAGCCCCACCGGCAGACUGUGCGGCGGUGACGCGGGGCAGCAGCACUCUUCCCCGGGCACGGAGCUCCAGGAGAGACGGGUCUCCGUCUUGUAAAGUUUUUCACGAGGACAAAAGUGGCGGAUAUUCCCAGGAUAGUGAUACGACAACCGCAGAGACUGUUUCAGAGAAUAAAGUGCACAAGUUUCACUCUGGCACCGACUCCGUGUCAGGCUCCGACUCAGAGAGGAAAAGUGAGAGGAGGAUUUUUACAAGUUUAUCGACCGACAUCAGCAGCAGCUCUGGUAAGAGAGAUUAUUCACAGAUCUAUGCACGUCCCCCUGAUCUCAGAAAGACUUUGACCACAGAUGAAGAAGAAGAUGUCAGUAGUAGAGGGUUUCCUCCACCCUGUAAAUCUCACAGAAGCUAUCUGUCCACACACCACAGUAACUUUAUUCCCCUGCACUCUGACAAGUGGCCCAGUGUUACCAAAAUUAGGCUGCUUUUUGACGAGAGACAAAGCAAAGCUACUGACGCUUGUGAGCAUUUAAAAGCAGCUGGCAGAGGCCAUUUACAUGAGCUCGGCCUCAGUGAGAGUGCUCCUCUCUCUGACAAAAGUGGCAAACUGUCAUCUUGCAGCUCUGCUAAUGAAGCCGGUACCUUAGUUGGAGCACAAAGCAGAGAAACUAAAGAGACCUUUUGCUAUGGUAUGGACUUUAAUUUCAAAGCUGACCACCAUCAGUACUCAAAUGAUGAGGAGGCAGGAAUAGAGACACCCAGUCCAAAUAGCAAAGCAUCUGGCAGAAAUACUUCUCAAAGCAGCAACAGCAGUAGCAGUCGUAGCCACACUGGGGGUAGCCACUACCAUCGGAUUAACUCAUCUCCAUUCAGAUCUCAUAGUCCCAGCACUGAAGCAGAGGCAGCCCAUAAGACCCCCAGGACGACAGGAUUGACAUCUGACCCCAACCCUGACCUUCAACCCCCUGCUACUUUGUCUUGGAGUCCAUCAGUGAGCUUAGACACCUCCUCCUGCUCCUCCUCUCUUCAGCAGCAGACAGCGAGGGAGAGAAGGGAUAGGCAGGGGGUCGGGCUGCCCAGGGAUAGUUUACAUUCCUCACAUAGCUCCUCUGGAGCACCAGCCCCCACCUCCUCCUCCCCCUCCUCUGCUCCAGCUCCAGAUAAAGCCAUUACCUCCUCCUCUACUGUAGCUCCCUCCGCUGAGGUCAGAGCCCCAGCAAGAUUUGUUUCUCCCCUCAGCUCUCGCUGGAGGUUUAGCUCUGGAGACGAAGAGGAGGAGCACACUAGGAGAAGAAAAGGAGGCAGUUGGAGUGUUCCCUCCGGCCCCUCUCCUUCCAUCUCCAGCGGAGGAGGAGAGAGGGGUGCCACAGAGAGAGGAGGGAGCUAUUUAUCCCGCAGUAAAAAUGGCUGGUGGGGUGCUAAGGGCAUUGGCAGGUCUUCAGGCAGUGAAGAGGACAGUCCUGGUUCUUUAGGCCUCCACUGCCGAGAAGCAGUGCGCCGCCGCUCGCUGAGAAAGAAGAAGAAGGUCAGCGGGGUUGCUUUGGCAACAGGCCGUGAUGAUUACAAUGAUCAUGAUGGCGAAUCAGAAGACAGUGACAGUGACACGGCCUUGACAAUGGAGCAUUUAGAGAGGUACCGCCAGCAAAACACAGGAGGAGAAUCUGGAGGGACUGUAUCUCGGAGCCACUCGGCAAGGGAAUCCAGCAGUCACAGUAACAGAGCCAGGGUGCAGCAAUGGGAGCGCAUCUCCUCACCCGUGACCUCUACGACACUUCCUGGAGUGUCACGAGUGUCAAAGGUCAACAUACCCCCAUUUGUUUCCAGUCCUGGUGAUUCUCGUAGCAGCAGCCGGUACUCGAGCACUGAGACGUUGAAAGAGGAGGACCAGUCUAUCUCUGCCAACCGAACAGCAAAUGUGUUUUUAAAUAUGGGAGGACCAGGAGGCAGCACUAGUAGGGCCGCGUCCUCGUCCAUGCUGAGUAAAACCUAUCAUGGAAAUUUCACCAUGUACCGCUCCCCAAGCUUUGGUCAUGGGGAUAACUUCUCCCGUACCCCAGUACGUGUGCGCCCCAAGAUUGUGCCAACAGUAACCCCCUUACCUUCUGUGCUUUCAAGCGAAAGUGGGGUAUCUUCAGGGGUUAGAGGUGCUGAGACCAUAGGUGGAAGGAAAACAACAGGAGGGGGCAGAGUAAAUGACAAGGACAAAAGCCCAAUAUCCAUGUCCAACCCUGAUAUUACCUCAGAAACCAUGACACUCUUAAGCUUUCUGAAAUCUGACCUGUCCGAGCUCAAGGUGCGGAAAACAAGUGGAGGGGACAGGUCUGGGGUUGUGGAGGGGUCAUCAGUGUACAGGAUGGGCUCAGGGGCUCAUGGUGGGACCCUUCUAUCUUCUGGUCGUCGCCCUUCACUGAAAGACCUGACUGCCACUCUGCGGCGUGCAAAAUCCUUCACUUAUUCAGAUAAACCUACAACAACCGUGAGGUGCUACUUGACAGGUGGCACCACAAAGAGAAGCUCCUCCGAGCAGCAGCUGGAUGUGGAUGAAAACAGAAGUGGAGGGAGGGUGGUGUUAUCAGACAGGGAAGUAGAAAGUGAUGGCGGAGACUUUAGGGUCGGAAGAGGACAGAGAAUGGGGGAUUAUGGGUUUGAUGACGACGAUGAAGUGAUGCCAACUCCACUGCAGGAGAGGUAUGUGCAGGAAGCCAGGCAGGUCAUUCGGGAUAUCUGCCAGAUGAACACGAGGGAAGAUGAUGAUGAUGUAGAUGUGAGGAGAGCUGAUGAUAAUUUAGGGACUGAGUGUUUACUGGUAAAGAAAACAAAUGAGGAGAAGGAGAAAGCAGAAGGGAGCACUAAGGAUGAGGCAUCGGCAGAUCAAGCGGCUGAGUUCGAGAACACAAAAGACAUGGAUAAACAUACGAGGGAGAGAGAGAACAGGGAGAGGGAGAGGAGUGAGAGGGAUGGACAAAGUGUGCAGUCGGAGAGGCUUAGCAGGGGCACAGAGUACUGGGAGAAGUCAAAGAGACAAAGCAGAGAGCCGGAGAGAGCCUUGCUGAAGGGGGACUCGGAGGAAAGCAUGUCCUACGACCGCUCUGUGGAUGAACUUUCAGGCCACGAGUCGAGUUUAACAGAUGAAGGGAUUGUGACAGAGCCAGAGACAGGCCCCAGUGACCUCUCCGAGAGGUUAUUCAUGGGCUCAGCAGGGGUUAAUUUAGGGUCAAGAAUAGUCAGGGAUGUUCUCGGGCAGCCUGUCACUGUAUGGAAGCAAUCGGCUCUCCAUGAGGUGGAAGGGUUCAAGCAGGAGGGAGAAAAGAUGACAGAGAACAGCUUGAGUUGUACAAAUCGUCUGAAUGAAGUCAGUGUAUCUCGCUCCUUGCCUCUUCCUGCCCGUAUGGAGAGUGACAGCCUUAUCGUGGAGCUGAGCACCACCACUGGUAUCAGCAACAAUAACACUGCCAGUGAGGGAAUCCACACCAACAGUGCUGUGUCACAGGGGUCAGCAGCUACCGCAGGAGGAGGAGGAGGAUUUGAAGCCCCUGCAACCCCAAGUGCUCUCCGUCGAAGGCGCAAGUUCUCUCCUUCUGGUAACAAUAACACAGGCUCUGAUUCCAGUAAUGGCAGUCAUGUAGAGUCAACAAUAGCAGCUGUAGGAAAUGGGGAGUCCACAGUCUACCGCUCUCUCAGUGACCCCAUGCCUCAGAGACGCUGCUCUGUGACAGAAGAGGGGAACAAUUUUUCUUCUGUAGACAGCAACCUGUUAGGAUCGCUAUCUGUCAAAGGAGGAGGGGGAGGGGCUCCUGAGGCCUCCACUGGGGCCACGUUGUCAGAAGACAAGGGCAGCAUAGCCAGUGACUUGUCAGUCUGCAGUGAUGGCGGCCUCCGUGAUGAUGCCAUUCGUGACUACAGCGGGAUGAUCAGGAACAUCGUAGCGGAGCCAGGCGCAAUGGACAGACUGAUGACAGAUGACCACGGCAAUGGAAAAGCCCCCAAGAAGAAGUCAUUCAGUGACCCCAGCCGCCGUAGCGAUGCCCCUUUACUGUCCCAGAACGACUCUCAGCUCAAAGGUCAGACUGGCAGCACCCAACCAAUCAGUGAGCUCGAUCAGCCAGGACAGAUUCCACCGUCCAGCAGCGAGCCAAUCCUGAGUGAGCAGAGAGAGGAACUGUGGGAGCCGGAGACUAAGCCUGCACACACACUGCCGCCUCAGCUGCAUCACCAUCCAAACAGCAGCAAUAAAGUCAAGAUGUCGCGCUCCCGGUCAGAUUGCACCACUCCGUCUGAUAUCCACGACGAUGAUGAUGUGAUAGACCAAGGUGAAGAGGAGGAGGUGCAGAAGUUUAACUUUGACCUCAAGCUAGCCGAGGUUCUGUCUCCUAGAAUGAUUCGUCGGCCCACCAGAAAGCGUCCAAACAGGUUAGCGUUCUUCCCCCAUGAGGACCCAUUUGAGCCACCAGAGCUGGGUUUAGAGGGUCAGGAGGACAAUAGCAACCAAACCAAGCUCAGUUCUCCUGUUCCUCCUCCACGUCUGCAAUCCAAGGCUAAAACCAUCCCCAAGCACGUUCGCCAUGCCAGUGAACCCACAACCUUCAUCCCCAUAUCCCCUCCUUCACAUCUUCAGCCCCUGAAAGAAGCCGACUGCAGAUCGACUGCAGAACCUCCGAGGCCUCCAGGAGACGAGGCUCCAUCUCUGGAGGAUGUGACACAGAAGUAUAUUCUUGAACUGAGCUCCUCUGAGAGAGAUGCUGAGGGCCCGGGGGCUCUUCCAGUGGCCAGGGAUGGAGGUCAAGGUGCAGAAGGACCCGGCGAGACCAGCGCCAGUGGAGUUACAGAAGCUGGACCUCAGAAGAAGGGCGCAGAGGACGCUGCAUCCAUACCUGCUCCACAGAGGACCAAGCCCAGAGUGGACAUGAGGAAACAUGUGAUGAUGACCUUCCUGGACAUGGAGCAGUCAUACGUGGAGUCGCUACGCACUCUCAUUCAGGGCUACAUGCGUCCUCUCAAACAGCCGGAUGGCGGCUCCAUUGUGGACCCUCUGCUGGUGGACGAGAUGUUCUACCAGAUCCCAGAGAUCUUGGAGCACCACGAGCACUUCCUGGACCAAGUCUCUGGUUGCGUCAACCAAUGGCACGACAGGCAGACCGUUGGACACCUUCUGAUCCAAUCCUUCUCCAAAGAGACUCUGGCUAAUAUGUAUUCAGCGUACAUUGACAACUUUCUCAACGCCAAAGAUGCUGUGAGGAUUGCCAAGGAGGCCAAGCCAGCGUUUCACAAGUUUCUGGAGCAAAACAUGCGUGAGAACAAGGAGAAACAGGCACUGGGCGAUCUGAUGAUUAAGCCGGUGCAGAGGAUUCCUCGAUACGAACUGCUGGUUAAGGACUUGCUGAAGCACACUCCAGAGGAUCACCCGGACCAUCAGUUCUUACUGGACGCCCAGAGGGACAUCAAACGAUUGGCAGAGAAGAUCAAUAAGGGACGUCGCUCUGCUGAAGAGGCAGAGAGGGAAGCCAGGGUUAUCCAGGAGAUUGAGGCGCACAUAGAGGGAGUGGAACAUAUUCUUAAUCCCCAGAGGAAGUUCUUGAGGCAGGAAAUAGUCAUGGAAGCGAAGACAGUGGGUGGGAAGAAAGACCGUUCUCUCUUCCUCUUCAGCGAUCUGAUCAUCUGCACCACUCUCAAGAGGAAGUCUGGCUCAUUAAGACGCAGCUCCAUGAGCCUAUACUCUGCUGCAAGUGUGAUCGAUACCUCCAGUAAAUACAAAUUCUUGUGGAAACUUCCUCUAGAGGACGUGGAAGUGGUGAAAAACACUACUCAGGCAACAAAUAAGGAGAGCAUCCAGAAGAUGAUUAGUCGGUUAGAUGAGGAUCUCAGCACACUGGGUCAGAUCAGCAAACUCUCUGAGACCCUCAGCUUUCCACACCAGUCCCUAGACGAGGUAAUAAAGGAUCUGAUGGCGUCGGUGCACAGGGAGCUGUCAGAGAAACAGUCUUUGGCCUUCAGUAUGACCUUCCUGCCCACGAAGCUGGAGUUUACCACAGCUUCCGCCGAGAGCAGCUUUGUCUUCGAGUUUACCACUCCUGAUGCUCGCUCCAGCUUUGAACAGGCCUUUGAGGAUGCCAAGAAGAAGUUAGCCAUGAAUAAGGACCAGUGGGAUCCAGAGUUCCUGAAGGCCAUUCCUAUAAUGAAGACCCGCAGUGGAAUGCAGUUUUCCUGUGCCUCUCCCAGCCACAGCUGCCCUGACAGCGGCUGUGAAGUGUGGGUGUGUAAUAGUGAUGGAUAUGUGGGACAGGUUUGUUUGCUGAACAUCAAAGAUGAGCCCACAGUGGAGGCCUGUAUUGCUGUCUGCUCUGCGAGGAUCAUAUGCAUUGCUGCAGUACCAGGACUCAAAGGAAGGGAGCGUGGAUCAGAGCCUGCCAUCGCUCCUACCUCUGGAACACAGGGUCACCACCAGCAGCAGCUUCAUAUAUCCAUCUCUCAUUCAACUCUAGAGCUGACAGAGCAACCUACAGGACCAGGAGCGGAGCUUGUUCCAUUUGACAGCGACGAUACAGACGAUGAGGAUUCACCCAGCCCCUCUUCCACUCUGCAGAGUCAGGCCAGUCACUCCACCAUAUCAUCCAGCUAUGGCAAUGAUGAAGGUCCAAGCUCAAAGGACAUGGCUACAGAAACCACCAGCAGUGAGGAGGAGCAGGAGUUCCCGGUACCAAGCUCCUAUGGAGCUCCAGGGAUGUUAGGGGUUGGUGGAGGAAGUCGUGCUCACACAGAGAGCCCCAUGGAUGGUCGGGCCAUGCGCCGAUCCUCUCGAGGAUCUUUCACCCGGGCGAGUCUUGAGGAUCUGCUCAGUAUUGACCCAGAGGCCUACCAGAGCUCAGUGUGGCUGGGCACAGAGGAUGGAUGCAUCCACGUGUACCAGUCCUCGGACAACAUCCGCAACCGUAAAAACAGCAUGAAGAUGCAGCACUCAGCUUCCAUCCUUUGUAUACUAUAUUUGGACAACAAAGUGUUUGUGUCCUUGGCAAACGGAGAGGUGAUUGUCUAUCAGAGAGAAGCAGGUAGUUUCUGGGACCCGCAGUCCUCCCAGACGUUAGUUCUGGGUACACCCAGCAGUCCCGUCACCAAAAUGGUUCCUGUGGGAGGGAAGCUCUGGUGUGGCUCACAGAACAGAGUCCUUAUUAUCAACACAACCUCACUGGUACAAGAGCACUGGUUCCAGGUGGGCACUGACAGCAGUCGGUGUGUGACGUGCAUGGUGGCGUAUGGUCAGGGUGUGUGGUUGGCGUUACAGGGCAGUGCACAGGUCAAACUGUACCACGCUCAGACCUGGGAGAGCCUGACAGAGGUGGACGUGGCGCCUGCUGUGCACAAGAUGCUUGCAGGUGCAGAUGCGAUUAUCAGACAGCACAAGGCUGCCUGUCUGAGAAUCACAGCCCUGCUGGCCUGUAAGGAUCUGCUGUGGAUCGGCACCAGUGCAGGGGUAGUUCUUACGUUGGUGAUCCCAGCGGUGAGCUCAGGAACUGUUGCUGGGACACUGAAAUCUCCCCUGUUGCCGAUGGGCUCUGCUCACGGACACACAGGCCACGUUCGGUUCCUGACAUCAAUCGAGCUACCGGAAGGCUUUGACAUGAACUUGCCUCCUGCAGCCGCCGACUCCACAGGCAAUCAGUCGCAGAGCAGCAGCGCAGUAGACGGCCUCCAAAGACGUGACUCUGCACGCCGCCGAGCCUCUGCCCACAUUCCUCCUAAAACAAACCAUUUAGUCAUUUCUGGUGGUGAUGGCUAUGAGGAUUUCAGACUGACCAACAGCAGUGAAACGGUUGGACGGGACGACAGUACCAACCAUCUUUUGCUGUGGAGGGUCUGAGACAAUCAAAGAGAGCCUAAUAUAUCAACCUCCCCCUAGCUGCAGUCGGUGCACUAGCUCCUGUCGUUUUACCCCAUCAGACUCCUCACUUUUUGGUGUUGUUUUGGUCUUCUGCCUGGUCCACCAGUCUCUAUGUGCAUAUUAUGGCUGUCAACUCCCUCCUGGACUUACUAAUGAAUAUGAUCACGUCAAACCAAGUUUUCUUGUGUUAAUGUUUCUGAUGGUCUGCAUGUCUGUGCGUGUGUAUUUCGUUUUUUUUGGCAUCUGCAAGUAUUGUCUAAAAAUAAGUCUUUAGACUGGAGUUAAAGUGAUAGAGACAGAAGAUGACAGAGAAGGGAACAGUUCCACUUUCACAGAUGGACACAUGUUCAGACUGAGAACACACAGGAGGACUUGGAUUCUGCAAAGUGUCAUAGCAGAGGACGCUGAAAGAGGACAUCUGAGAAAACUUUGAUAUGAAAGAUGCAUAGCAUGCAGCUCUCCUUUGAAAUUCUCGGUUUUUUUGGACAUGAACUCUUGACUCCAUCAUCGCUUCAUCUUAACCUAGAACUUCAGACAGAAAUCCUGAUGAUCAGAGGUAAAUUUCAUGGGAAAAAAUGUGAAUAUGAAUGGUAACAAAUUCUGAACUGCAUUUUGAUGAAUAUUCUAAAGUAUGAGUUUGCAUAGAUUUUUUUUUUUCCAACUAGAGUUCCAGAUUAGUCUGUGAGCUUUUCAAGGACAAAGCUUUUUACGCCUUAACCUGAUUGGUGAGGAGUGGACCAACACAUCUAAGAUCUGAUCUUUCUGACUCCAGUAGGGAUUUGAUGAUUUCAACUCCUUGAUCGUUGAUCAUAAAUUUAAGACUGCCAACAUCUUUUCUCCUGUAGAGGGAGUGUGGGUAAGAGCAUCAUUUAAGUGCAAUAUGUGGCAGGAAGACGAUAAACACAGACACACAGUCCCAUACAUUAAUGCACAGCCUUCACUCACUCAGUCAUUCGUGAAAAACACACUUGUUUUUUUGUUUUAAAGUUAUCCAAUUCUCUUAUUUAAUUUUUGCUGCCGGUUAAAGACGACAUAAAUGUAGAUGAAGCGGUGUCCCUCUACUGGUAGGAAAAAAGUGCAUUGGAGACAUUCCUCCCUAACACAACUAUGCCAAAGCCUUGUAUGUGUUGAAGACAUUAAGGGGUCAGAAGAGAUUCCUUCUGCAAUGAAAUGCUGAGCGUUGUGUCACGAGGGACAGAGACUCUUUAAAGAUGACGCUGGGCUGUGGUAGCAGAAAAGGAUAGUUAUGUACAGUAUUUAUGGUUUUUGAUUUUAGCGCCUUCUUUUACAGCACUUAAUUUAUAGAAGAUGUAGCUUUCACUUUUUCUUUUUUAUAACUGAAGAACAAGGAGGCCUUGGCUUGGUCACCAGAACAGAUUAAAGGGCAAAGAUUGGCUCGAGCAGACAGACAUGCACACUACAGACAGAAGGAUGCAGUUCACUCUUGGUUCGGUACGAUGCACGCUGCAGGGGUCUUGUUUUGGAGUUUUGUGACUUUUUAAAAAGAAGCAUGACCAGAAAGGGGAGGAUUUGGAAUAACUGUUAUUUUCACUGCAAACAGAUCCCACUGUCAGAUCGAUCCCAGAAUCCACUUCACUGAGAGCAGCUCUUGUUCUGACAGAUCAGUCCUCUGUUGCCUUUCAGGUGCCAUAUGCUAAGAUUUGUUUAAAAAAAAAAAAUUACAGCCCCUCUGUGUGUGUUUAGGCAUUUUAAUAUAUGAAAUAUAGCAUUAAGAUGAAUUGAAACCCACACAGAUUUUAGAAGUAGCUGUCUAGGGGAAAGAUGCUAAUGGUUUGCAGGAUAAGUGAGUGAUAGUAGGUCAACAGGACCGGCGCUGACAGAUUGCACGUGCCUUCAGAAGGCUAAAAGUUAAGCCAUCUCACACACACACAGUGAAAAGUCUGCUCUCUGUGGUACUACAGCAGAUGUCUGUGCAAGUGUAGGACUCGUCCUUGUGUGCACAAACACCCGAGUGAGCUUCAGGCUUUAGGGUUAAGCAGUGAUUGUCUUUGAUCCCUCCAAGCCUAGAAAACCUCAUUGCACCUCACCAGCCAUCUGGGUGCUUCACCUCAGCUUUCCCCCUUCCCAGACGCAUCCACUUAAGGUGCAUGGACUAACAGUUAAGAGGAUUAGCUGGCUGUUGUGAUAGCUGCUAACUAGCUCGUGAUCCUCUCAGUGUAAAUGUUAAAGGUCGGUGUCCAUGCGUCCUCCUUGAAUGCUGAGCUGAAGUGUUUAAAAAGGGAGCUUCUUUUCCCAUUUUCUGCUCCGAGUUGAGGCAAAGUUCCACUCAGCUUUGAGUAACCUGUGAUGAAUACAGCAGUGAAGAGUUUUGACAAAUGUUUUAGGACUUUUAGGGAAAUUUAAGUGAGAAGGUUGAUGUUGUGUGCAUAUGGUUAAUGUUGACAUGUAGCCAGCAGCUGCUCACUUAGAUGAAAGUCUGGAAACAGGAAAAAAAAAAGCUGGGUUAAAAUAAACAGACCCCUAAAGCAAACUAACACCUAAUGUAAUGCCAGAGCUAGGCUAGCUGUUCCCCCAUUUCUAGUCAUGAUGCUAAGCUAAUCCGCAUCAUGAACGCCCCACCAGCAAGAUGUAGGUAUCACUGUAUGUGGUUAGUUUAUCUGUGUCAGUAGGAAUAAGUGACUAAGGUUAUGUCCCAAAAUGAUUCCCCCAGUUUCCUGUAAAGUUAAGGUAGCAGAUGAAUGUUUUCCAUGUUCUGUGUGAUUCACAACGAAGCUGAAAUGUGGAUUCUCUGUGUGGAAAGGUGCCAAGUUCCCCAUGUACAUGCUGUAUAUCCAUGCUGGCUGUAGAGCGACUGAGCUCAUCGCAGAAUGGAGUUUGUGAACAGCGAAAAACAUCUGUGAGCUUUCUCUGUUUCUAAAACUGGGAGUUUGGCAGCAAAAUAGUCCUUUAUAUAGCAUCUUCUAAUGCUCUGGGGUAAAUAUCAUUACAUGGUGUCCUGCGCUGAAAAGAGUUUGACAGUUUGGUUUGAUGAUUCUACUGUGGUUGGAGUCAAAUUUUUCUUUUGCCCUAAGGAUAUUCUUUUACAUUUCAGCACUAGUCAUGUAAAUCUUUUUUGCCAUUUGGUUUUGAACCCAGUAAAAUUAAACUGAACUGACUCUUCAUAUUCACACACAGACACUUAAAUAUGAAGCAAUGUUUAUUUCAGUGCUAAUUCACCCACAGUUGAAAGAAUGAAGCAUGUUCUAAUAAUUUCCACCAUCACAUGAAACCGCCGUUCUGUACCCUCCUCAUGCCCAUAUGUGAACUAAGUCUUUAUUGUUGUAAAUAUUGGUACAUAUUGCCUUUUUCUGUAAAUAGCGCACCCACAGUCCUCAAUUGUUGAUAUGAAUCUAAUGGCAUAUUUUUAUAUAUUUGUGUACGGUUUGUUUCUGUUUGUAUUUCCCCUCCCUCUCUCCCCUCUGGCAUGCACUGUCAGUCACGUUUAAAUUAUAAAUGUCUUAGAUCUUUGGAACAGAAGAAGAGACGGCUUUGUGUUUUCACUGGCAGCCAUGUUUGCUCCAAGACGUGCUGAUGUUUGCCUCGUUACAAACAUUCACAGAAAAGACAAAAAUUUUUUAAAAAAUACAGAAAUAAAAAGAGUUUCUACGUGGCCAUCCACUCAUAACUCUGUUGUUUGACAUCUUGCAGUCGUCAUGGUUACGGCCUCUGAGUUACUUCUUAUAUGUAGCUGUUCUUGUUUUGUCACUGUGGGUUCCUCUUUGUAAUUAAAUCAGUUCACUGGU